CUGUCCUCCGGGGAGCCAGGAGGGGGCUCGGCGCCCCCACCUGCCCCCCGCCCCGGCGUGAUGUUGCCCCCGUCCCGGACCCAGCUGGGGCUCUUCUUCAUCCUCCUCUGCCCYGCCAACAUCAUCGGCCUCUGGUGGGCAGUGGGCAGCCCCCUGGUCAUGGACCCCAACAGCAUCUGCCGCAAGACGAAGCGGCUGGCGGGGAAGCAGGCGGAGCUGUGCCAGUUGGAGCCCGAGAUCGUGCAGGAGGUGGCCAAGGGCACCAAGCUGGGCGUGCGGGAGUGCCAGUACCAGUUCCGCUUCCGCCGCUGGAACUGCACCAGCCACAGCAAGUACUUUGGAAAGAUCCUGCAGCAGGAUAUCCGUGAGACGGCGUUCGUGUACGCGAUCACGGCGGCCGGCGUGAGCCACGCCAUCACGCAGGCGUGCAGCAUGGGCGAGCUGCUGCAGUGCGGCUGCGAGCUGACGCGCAGCCGGGCCCCGCCGGCGCCCACCGCCGGCCCCGGCGCCGACGGCACCGCCUGGGAGUGGGGCGGCUGCGGCGACGACGUGCAGUUCGGCUACGAGAAGUCCCAGCAGUUCAUGGACGCCAAGAGCAAGAAAGGCAAGAACGACAUCCGGGCCCUCAUCGACCUGCACAACAACGAAGCCGGGCGCCUGGCGGUGCGGAGCUACAUGAGGACGGAGUGCAAGUGCCACGGGCUGUCGGGCUCCUGCACCCUGCGCACCUGCUGGCGGAAGAUGCCCCAUUUCCGCGAGGUGGGCGACCGCCUGCUCGAGCGCUUCAACGGCGCCUUCAAGGUCAUGGGCGGCAACGACGGCAAGACCCUCAUCCCCGUGGGCGACAACAUCAAGCCGCCCGACAAGCAGGACCUCAUCUACUCGGCCGACUCGCCCGACUUCUGCUCGGCCAACCGCAAGACGGGCUCGCUGGGCACGCGGGGCCGCGUGUGCAACAGCACGGCCAUGGACACCAGCGGCUGCGACCUGCUGUGCUGCGGGCGCGGGCACCGCGACGAGACCGUGGUGCUGGAGGAGAACUGCCUGUGCCGCUUCCACUGGUGCUGCGUGGUGCAGUGCCGCAAGUGCUCCGUGCGCCAGGAGCUCAGCCUGUGCGUGUGACCGCCCCGGCCGCGCCGCCGGGCUGGGACACUAUGGGGGCCACCGCCGGCCCCGGGACACGGACAGGCCACCCUGGAGAGUGGGCUGGGCUGGUGGCAGGGACAGCGCGGGGAGCCCGGCUCUGCUCCCUGUGGCGCAGGGGACACUUGGGGGCUGCCCGGGGGCCCGCGGCCCCUGCAGCGGGAGCUGCCACCAAUAAAGCUAUUUAAACCCG